AUGACAUGGCUAAACAUCGUUCGAACAUCUCAAAACAUCUGUGCAAUUCUCUCAAUCACAUUAAACAUCUUGCUGACUUUUUUCAUUCUCAAAAAAUCACCAAAAACCGUGGGAUCAUACAAAUAUUUAAUGAUCUAUAUUUCAUGGUUCGAAAUCGCUUAUUCAAUUUUAGAUGUGAUUGUUUCACCAAUCAUCUUCUCGCAUGGCUCAAUUUUUCUGAUUUUCGCGUCGGCGAAAAAUCAUUUUUUAUCCAAAUUUAUACUUUCGAUUCUGAACUCUGUGUAUUGCGGGUUUUUUGGUUCAUCGAUGGGUAUUUUUGCGAUUCAUUUUAUAUAUCGAUAUUUUGUGGCUACACGGUGAGUAAAUUGUGAAAUUUAUAAAUCCCUCAAUGUUCAAAAAGAUAUUCAAAAAAAUUUCACAAUUUUUUGAAACAGUGAAUUUUUUUUACUAAAAUUUUAAAAUUCAAUUUUGAAGAGAAACUAAAAAAUAUUUUUUCCCUGAAAAUUCAUAAAAAUUUUGAAACGUAUUUUUCGCGGGGAAAAUGUAUGUUUCAAAUUUAGUAUGAAAAAUCCUCCAAAAGAAGUACACAAGCUAUUUUUCGCUUCAAGACACUAUAAUUCUUCCACAAUGCGCCUUUAAAACUGCCAAGCUCAGUUUUCGAAAUGUUCAUACAAAAUUCAAAACUGUUUUCAAAAAAAAAUCCACUGUUUCAGAUCUUCCUAUCUCAAAACAUUCAAAGGCCUCCGAAUCAUAUUUUGGAUGCUUAUCCCAAUGAUUUACGGAUCUCUAUGGGGAGUUUUUGUGCACAUUUUGAUUGGUCCCAACAAAAAAAUUGACCAGGAAAUCGAAUUUCCGAUCUUGAAAGCUUUUGAUUGGAAAAUUCAGGACAUCGUGUAUGUUGGACCUUAUUUAUAUCAAAAAAAUGCUGAUGGAACUUACAAUAAUGUUGAUAAGAAUUCAGUUAUUGCAAUAAUAAUCAUGUGUUCUAUACUUAUCUCUUCAUUUUCUGCGAUAAUCUAUUUUGGAUCAAAAUGCUAUUUUCAUAUAUCAAAUUUCAAGGGAAUGAAAUCACCGAAAUAUCGAUUACUACAAUCACAAUUAUUUUUCGCAUUAGUUACACAAACUAUGAUUCCUUUAAUUCUUAUGCAAAUUCCUUGUGGAGUUUUAUUCAUUUUCACAUUUCUUGAUAAAAAUCUUGGGCAACUUAUUGGAAUUGCGGCUAUAACAAUCGCAUUGUUUCCAGCUAUUGAUCCACUUCCAACUAUGUUUAUUGUUAAGAAUUAUCGAUUGGCGAUUACUGGAUUUUUCAAGACUACUGUUAUUAUACUUGUUAAACAAGCUGCUGAAAUUUCGACUGUGUUUUGA